GAUUAUCAUUGGGGAAAAUGUGGGAUGUUAUAGAGAAGUAUCAUUCUGAUGGUAGUGAACAUUGUUUUCUUGAAAUAUUAAGGAAAUUCUUUUUUACACAACAUAUUCUCUACUCAGUUUUGAUUGGUCGUCCUAUUGUUAUUGUUGGAGAGAACAACAAUGAGUUUGAAACUCAGAUACGUGUUUUUGUUAAAUGUUUAGGUUUAUUAGUGCCCCGAAAAAACAGACUUGCAUGGAUGGAAUUAUGGCGAACUAGUCCUAUUAAAGAAGCUGAGUUAGAUAAUUUAGCUAUUCUUGGACUAGGUUGUACACCUAAUAAUAGUAUAGAUACUUUAAUUCCUUCAUCCAGAAUAGAUCAUUUGACAAUUUUAGAUCUGAAGUGCUAUUCAUUUACUGGACCUCAUUAUUCAGGUUGUUUGUUAGCUGAUAUUGAUAAAAAACUUAAAUGUCUUCCUCAAAAUGGACCAAUAUUUUCUAUAUUAAUCAGUAUCUUGAUUGAUAUUGAAAUGAAAGUCCAGUUUUGGUUAUGUGGUAUGAUAUCAGAAAAAACAAUUAAAGUGACAGAUUACUUUUUAAAUAAUGGCUUUUCAAAACAUGAUUUUCAUAUCAUACAGAAAUUAGGAGAAUGCCUGAGAAACACAUGACAAAUAUAAUAAUUUGCAUAGCAUACUCUAUAUUAUUAGUUAUAAAUUAGGAUGUUUUUAAAUUAAUAAGUAAAUUUUUAAUUUUGGAAUUAUACCUGUAAAGCUGUAAACAAUCUACUUAAAUUAAAACAAAUUCAAUUUUUAAAAUGAAAAAUAUAGUUAUUACAUACAAUUUAUUUUAUAGUUUUAUUCAAAAUAGUAUUUAAUUUUCAAUAUUAAUUUAAGCAAAGAUUUUAAUCACUUCUUAAUGUUUUUUAGCCUAUUGUUUUAAAAAAAUGUAAUUGCUGGAAUUGAAAAAAAUUAAGUUUUAUGGAUUG